AUGCCUAUGCCAACAUUGUGGAAGUGGUCCCCCCGACCAGACCAAACACCAGAUGGAUCCCCAGCCUCGCAGAGCUCCUCCCGCUUCGGCGCCCUCCACACCAACGUGCGCUCCAUGAUCAACGGAUCAUCAAUAUACUCGCGCUCACCAAACCUCGGCGGAGAUAGCAGUCCCAAAACACCGUUCCUGGGCUUCUUCCGCCGCGAGCACUCCCCGCCGCCACCCAUCGAUGUGCAUGCUGCGAACGGCCCUCCCCGCGACUCAAGCGAUUCACGCUCACCAUUGCACCCGCAGCACACAGCGCGCUCCUACAUGCGGUCCAUCGCACCGUUCCAGCCUCCGCGAGAACCGGACGUCGUGUACAGAAGGGACUCCGACGUCCCAGAUCGCCACCCCGCAGACGUACAGCUCGACUACACACGAAGCGUAGACCCCUCAACGGAGGUCCUCAGCGACGAAGUCCAGCAGCGUCGACGACGCCGCCACCGGCGAAGAAAGGCCCAUCGUCCUCAACGCGCGUGGGUGCGACGCAGAAACGCACACUCACAGCGCGGAUGCAUGCCCUUUGUAAAAGGCUCGGCUGCACGAGGGAAGCUCAUCUCAGCCAUGAUAUCCGGGUUUUUUCUCGCGACCGUGCUGGCUGUUUACCUCGCCCUCGCCCUCACCCGGCACUCCCUCGGCCAAGAAGUCCACGUCCUCUUCAUAAUGAUCGUGCUCGGCACAACCAUUUUCUUCUGCCACAGCCUCAUCCGGCUAUGCAUGUUAAUCUUGCAUCCUCCUACUGACGACCCCGAGCGCCCGUCUGUGCCGAAUAUGACGGGGCCAGAGGGGUUUAAUCCCGUGCGGCCGAUACGCGUGCACCUUGCGCGCGACGAGGAGCUUGCAGAUGCGUAUUCGUCUGACGAGGAGGAGGAAGAAGGGGACGUAGGACGGGAGGGAAGGAGUAGGGGUGUAGGAGGAGGAGAUGCCGAGAAAGACAUCAAACUGCCCCCACCCCCACCCGCCUACGGUCUGUGGCGCUCCUCCGUGCGCGUGGAUCCUAACCUUUUGCACUGGCAGCGCGUGGACGAGGCUGCUGCUCCACACCCUAGUUCGGGCCACACAUCGCGGCAGUCGUCGCAGCCCGCGAGCCGAAACGGGAGUGUAUCCGCCCCAGAGCCCUCAGCACCGCGCCCGCCAUCCUACGCGAAGUAG